AUGGGUAUAACAAUCAGGCAAGCGACCAUCAACGAUAUACAGGCUAUGCAAAAUGCAAACUUGCACAACUUGCCUGAAAAUUACCAAUUGAAAUACUACAUGUACCAUAUUUUAUCAUGGCCUCAAGCCAGUUUCGUUGCGACAACCUACGAUGAAGUUGAAGGGUUCGGAGACGAGGAAGAACAGGAUGAGGACAACUUGAAACAACCAAUAGCAUGCGACCCAAAGGGAGACUCUGCCUACAUAAGUAAAGGUGAAAAGAUUGUGGGGUAUGUGCUUGGAAAAAUGGAAGAUGAUCCAGAAGCAGAAGAUAAGACUCCUCACGGCCACAUCACUUCAUUGUCUGUUAUGAGAACGUAUAGAAGAAUGGGGUUGGCGGAAAAGUUGAUGCGUCAAUCGUUGUAUGCUAUGUGUGAAUCUUUUGGUGCCCAAUACGUUUCGUUACAUGUGAGAAAAUCAAAUAGAGCUGCAUUACAUUUGUAUAGAGACUCCUUGGCAUUCAAGGUUACCACUAUUGAAAAAUCAUACUACCAAGAUGGUGAGGAUGCAUAUGCCAUGAAAUUGGAAUUAAAAUUGGAGGAAUUAGUUCCUUCGAAGGCAAGACAGGUGAUAGAAGACGAUUUAUCCAAGGACUUGUUGGAAGGUUUAUAA